CAGCAACAGAAAACCCUCCUAAAACCCCACGAUUUGAUCCCCCGCCGCCGGCGCCGUGAAAACUAACGCAACCCACCCAAGCCUUCCGCCGCCGCCAUGGGUUCCUCCGCCAGCCACGCCGCGGCCCCUCCUCCCGCGCCUACAUCCUACGUGGCGGCCCCUCCCCCCUUCGCGGCUGCCCACGCCGAGCCCCCGCCGAGGCCCCACGAGGAGGAGAAGGCGGCGGCCGAGGAGAAGGUGGACUACAUGAACCUCCCGUGCCCCGUCCCCUACGAGGAGAUCCAGCGCGAGGCCUUCAUGGCGCUAAAGCCCGAGCUCUUCGAGGGCAUGCGCUUCGAUUUCACCAAGGUGCUCAACACGUACUUCACAUUAAACCACAGUGUGAUAAUGGGAUCCAUUGACCUCCCGUCACAGGGGGAUGAGGUGAUCAAGAUCCCCACCUCGAACUACGAGUUCGGCGCCAACUUUCUUGAUCCCAGGAUGAUGCUCGUCGGGAGGGUCUCACAUGAUGGAAGGGUGAACGCCCGUGUCAAGUGCGAUCUUACAGACAAUCUUUCUCUAAAGAUAAAUGCUCAGUUGACAAAUGAGCCCCAUUACUCCCAAGGCAUGUUUAAUUUUGAUUAUAAGGGCAAAGAUUUCAGAUCUCAGUUUCAAAUUGGGAAUAAUGCCUUCUAUGGUGGGAACUAUAUCCAGAGUGUCACAAAGAAUCUCUCCUUGGGAACUGAAGCUUUUUGGCUUGGGCAGCAAAGAAAAUCAGGAGUUGGUUUUGUUGCUCGCUAUGACACAAAGAAAAUGGUUGUAACUGGGCAAAUUGCAAGCACUGGAAUGGUUGCACUUAGUUACGUUCAGAAAAUAUCUGAGAAGGUUUCCCUUGCAUCCGAUUUCAUGUACAAUCAGAUGACAAAGGAUGUAACAGCAAGUUUUGGUUAUGAUUAUAUGCUGAGACAGUGUCGAUUGAGGGGAAAGGUGGAUACCAAUGGCGUAGUUUCUGCUCUUUUGGAGGAGAGAUUGACUCCAGGCGUCAAUUUUGUUCUUUCUGCAGAGGUUGAUCACUGGAAGAAAGAUCACAGAUUCGGCUUUGGUAUGACCGUUGGAGAGUAAGACGACUACAGCAGUUCUUCGAGACACCUGUAAUGAUCAUAGUGGUUAGCAUUGGUCGACAAGGAUCAAGACAGUUCUAGUUUUGUUGCAUUUAUUUGUCUUCGGUUCAUUAUUUAGCUGCUAUGGCCUUGGGCCGCGGGGAGGCGCCUCUUGAUUGUACUGGGCACGUUACUUGAGUUGCGUAGAUUAAUGUGUGGUUAUGCACCUUAGUCACGCUGGAACAGGGAAACCUGAAUAUAUUUCAAUACUACCGAUUACAUCGUUUUUA